AUGGCACCUCCUCCGGCAGACCUCAGGCAGAUUGGUGCAGAAGGGUUUGCUCUGAUAGACAAGUUCUAUGGCCCACCAAGAAGGAGCAGUGGCAUCGAUGCAGUGUAUUUGCAUGGGCGAAGAGAACGUUGUUCGGUGGUUUAUCAAGUGCCUAAAGAUGUCAUGGAUGAGUCUUCUGUGAUUGGCAAGGAGCCAGUUGGUCCUUUUUCUGGGAUAUCUGUUGUGAAUUAUCCCAAGCCUAAACCCCAAAAUCGUUGGGGUAGACCCUUUAAACUGGAUGUAAUGAAUGAAAGUUCUCCUAUGGGUUAA